UAAUGAUGACACUUAACACCUGUUUUGUUUCCAGAUAAAAAGCGGAAAACCCUAUUCUCAUAUUUUGGUACUGUAAAAGGAGGUACCAUGAUGUUUUUAUUUAACGAUGUUUUGUGACUUCAACAGGGACUGCGUGAUAAGGUCUCGGGCUGUUGACGCAGGAGCCCAAGGAACGCAACUAUGGAGAACAGAAGCUCCGUGCUCCACCUCGCCACAUUUGAAGCCCCGUACCCUGUGCAGGUGCUCAUAUUCAGCCUGUGCCUUUCCAUGUACCUAACGAUAACUGCCGCCAAUCUGAUGGUGCUCGUAACGGUGGCAGUAUCCACAGACUUACACAAGCCCAUGCACAUUUUUCUGUGCAAUCUCGCAAUUGGCGACAUCAUUAUCAGCACAGGUGGCUUGCCCAAGCAGCUGCAAGUUCUCCUGACAGGCGAUAGAGAGAUCCUGUACGUGUCAUGUGUCGCACAGAUGUUCACACUUCACAUAUCUGGCAAGAAUGAGAUUUUGACAUUGGCUAUGAUGUCUGUUGAUCGCUACCUGGCCAUCUGCUACCCAUUGCACUACCACACCAAGGUUACUGCAAAGAGAUCCAUUUUCACGGCAUUACUGUCCUGGCUGAUUGCAAUCGUUACAGUCAGUAUUAUAGUCAUCCUUCUCCUUUCACUUCAACUAAGCGAAAAAAACAGGCAAAUCCAGGGCAUAGUUUGUGAUAAUAUGGGAUUAUUAAAGUUGGCUGUCGGUGACACGAGUAAAAUGGAUGUUGUCUCAUCGUCAAUGGUUGCAACGUUGGUUGUAUUUCCUCUCUGUGUGGUUGCGUACACCUACGUUCGGAUUUUUAUUGAGUGCAAGAAUUCGAGCUCUGCGUUCAGGAGCAAAGCCCUGCACACAUUCGGCACGCAUUUCAUGGCACUCGCGGUGUUUUUCACGUCAGUUCUUUUUGACAUCCUUUUGCCGCGCUUUGUGAAGGAUGCCGACAGCGAGGGCGUCAACUUGAGAUGCGCCGCUCAGUUGGUGUUCUUGCUCAGCCCGAUUGCGAACGUGCUCAUUUACUGCCUACGCACCCUUGAGCUGAGGCUUGCAAUUAAUACGCAAUUCAACAAGAUAUUGAAAAAGGUGCAUUUCUGUCCAACAAUCAAAGUUAAUGUAUCAGAUCGUGGUUGAAUGAUGCUUAACACAAAGCAGAGUAUAGGCUAUACCUCGGUUAACACAAGAGAUAUGCAGUUUUAAUCAAUCUGAUUUAAAUCCACUUACCACCCUAUCUUCGUGUUUUACUGCAGUUUCUGACUAGCUCGCAGCGAAUUUUCUUUAAUGUAAUACAUAUAAAACUGAAGUUCUGUUAGUUGAUAAAAAAACCCAUCAAUUACCUCACAUCAUCAACCUACUGUACAUCGUCAUAUUUGUCA